CCCUUCCUUCUUCCCCACCGCCACACACGGCCUCCUCAUCAUCUCCAGCAACUCCUCCGGCAGCCGCCGUUCCCCGUGGCACAUGUCAGGUGGCCUCGUCCUUCACGCCAGGCUGGGCGAUGGCGAUGGCGACGGGGACGGCGGCGAGCUCGUUCCGUCGCGACGACACGCGUAAGCCGCACGUAACAUUCUGCUCAUGUGCAAGAUAGCCCGCGUGGCCGCCGCGCUGAUCCGCGUCCUGUACCUCGUCGCGGUGGCCGCCCCGGUUAAAAGCCUCCUCGCCGUCGCCAAGGUCGCCUUCUCGCUGGUGAACGCGCCGUGCCUCCGGUACAUGAACCAGGCAGCGCUCGGGCGGAGCUGCACGGGCACCUUCUGCGGCGACCUGCUGGUCGGGGCCAUGGCGCACUCGUGGAGGAUGCUCGUGCAGGGCCUCACGUCGCUGAUGUUCUUCUGCGCCCACGCCGAUGAGUACGUCCGGCCGCCGCCGAGCCCGCUCGUGCUGAUGGCGCACGACAAGCCGGCGUCCCAUCCUCAGCAGGUACACAUCUCAGUUGUAGGGCCGAACCACAUGCGUAUCUCAUGGGUCACCGACGACCGGAACGCGCCGUCCGUGGUGGAGUACGGGACAUCCCCGGGCAAGUACACGGCGUCGGCGACGGGCAACCACACCACGUACCACUACUUCUUCUACAAGUCCGGCGCCAUCCACCACGUCACCAUCGGCCCGCUGGAGCCCGUCACGACGUACUACUACCGGUGCGGCAGGGCCGGCGACGAGUUCAGCUUCCGGACUCCGCCGGCCACUCUGCCCAUCGAGUUCGUCGUCAUCGGUGACCUCGGUCAGACGGGGUGGACGGCGUCGACGCUGUCGCACAUCGGCGGCGGCGACUACGACAUGCUCCUGCUCCCCGGCGACCUCUCGUACGCGGACACGCAGCAGCCGCUGUGGGACUCGUUCGGGCGCUUGGUGCAGCCGCUGGCGAGCGCGCGGCCGUGGAUGGUGACGGAGGGCAACCACGAGAUGGAGACCCUCCCCGUCGUGGAGUUCGCGCCGUUCGCCGCCUACAACGCGCGUUGGCGGAUGCCGCACGAGGAGAGCGGCUCGCGCUCCAACCUCUACUACUCCUUCGACGCGGCGGGCGGCGCCGCGCACGUCGUGAUGCUGGGGUCCUACGCGGCGUUCGGCGAGGGGUCGGAGCAGCACCGGUGGCUGGAGGCCGACCUGGCGCGCGUCGACCGGCGGCGCACGCCGUGGCUGCUGGUCCUGCUCCACGCGCCGUGGUACAACACGAACCAGGCGCACCAGGGGGAGGGAGAGAGGAUGCGGCUGGCCAUGGAGCGGAUGCUCUACGAGGCCCGCGUCGACGUCGUCUUCGCUGGGCACGUCCAUGCCUACGAGCGCUUCACGAGGAUCUACGACAAUGAGGCCGACAGCCGGGGCCCGAUGUACAUCACCAUUGGCGACGGAGGCAACAGGGAAGGCCUUGCUCUCAGGUUCAUCGAGGACCACAAGUCGGCGCACCUGUCGGUGUUCCGGGAGGCGAGUUUUGGGCACGGCCGGCUGAGGAUCGUCAACGAGACGAGCGCCGUCUGGACGUGGCACCGCAACGACGACGAGUACGCCACCGUCCGCGACGAGGUCUGGCUCGAGAGCCUGGCCGCUGCAAAACCGAGCCUAGCAACAACCACCGCCGGUCGUCACACAGAUGAGCUGUAGGAGGAAGCAUCAAGGAAGAAGGGAUUCAUCGCAUCGCUACACCAUUGAUGGUUCUUGUGCCACACGCCAUGUAAUUUUCAAGGAUACAUCGCCCAGCACAUAACAUGUAUAUUGCUCGGACCUCGUCUGGCGAUAUGCUUCAAAUUUGGAGGGUCACGAGUUGCCCAAUUCAAGAUUCAGUAGAAACGCGCACAACUGAUAUUGAAAUGUUCAACAAGGUUGACUUUGACAAGCAAGAUAUUUUGUAUAUUGACACCUUCAAGGAUGAUGCUUUGUCCAUUGGGCAUAACUA